UUUAUUAGAAAAAAAAUAAUCAAAAAGAUUAAAUAUAUAACCUGUUUCUACUUGGUAUUUAAUAAAAGAAUUCUGCUAUAGUUUAUUAUUUCUAUGUAAAUGCGGUGCUACAUUACAACAAAGGAUAUUGAAAGCAGACACGAUCUCUACAAAUUCUUUCUUUUGUUAGUAUUGUAAUCAUAUGAAAUAAAAAAGAAAAAUUUUUUGAAAAAAAUAGCAGUAACUAAUUCUUUUUUGCUAAAUGAAUGACGUUUCUUUAGUUAAAAUAAAUGAAAGAAAUGUACAGGUUAUUUGAAGAUAACAAUUUUUAUCUUUUCAACGAAUAUGUUUACGGUGAUAAUAAAUCGCUUGGUGUUGGAUUAUUAAAUUUCUCAUGAAGAAAAGAAAAUAUGUACAAAAUUUAUAUUUUUUACCACAAGAAAAUUUAUCAUCUACACAAAAAAUACCCUAUCGGUUUUAUUAAUAUCGUGGAGUUUAUAAAUAUAACAUUAUUAAAUGUAGAAAGACUUUUCGUGUAGGUAUAAUUUACUAGAACUUAUACUAAAGACGUUUCAAGAUUCUCGAAGUACAAUGCACGGAUUAUUGACAUUGAGAACAAAAACCGCAAUGAUUGAAUUCCGGAAAUGAGAGUUAAGACUCAGACAUUCUGAGUUCCAUACAGUCAACGAUUAGGUCUAUCGACGAUUGGUCAAGACAGAAAUGUCAUACAAUGAAACCCCGUUUUCUUCCUUUUCUUUCCUUCUGUCUCAUCUAUUGGCAAUUUAUUGAUUUCUCGAUGGCUAGAUUCUGAUUACAGACUUGUAUUUUUCAUUUCUUUCCUGUACUGGUUUCAUUUUCGCAAUUUCUACGAGAUAUACAAGAUAUUAUAUUACUAUACGUAUUAUUAUUUUUUUUUCUCUUUUACUUUGUUAUAGAUUUUUUUCUUCUUCUUUCUUCUGUUACCGAUCUCCUUCGGAUGUGGAAUGGUUUGAAAAUAUUUUAUAAUACGAGAUCUGUCUGCUUAUCCACCGUAGUGAUGGUUGAACUGAAAAAUUGAAUUGAUCCAAAAUACAGGUAGUAUAUAGCUCUGCAAGAAUUUUAUUGCUCCCUUAUCGGCGUAUGGAUGACUAAAAAGUGGAAAGUAACGUAGUUGCAAUUGUUUUAUUGCUUGUUUAGGUAGUGCCAGUAAAUGUUAUAUUGAAGUGCGAGGAACCGAACGAUGCAUAUUUGGAAUCUUUUGAUAUAAAUUUUUGUUAUUUUUUCUAAAUUUUUAUAUUAUUGCCGAUUUAUUGUUUUAUAAAAAUUUAAAAGUGGAAAAAUAAUAUAGAUAUAACGAAUAGUUUACUUUUUAAACGUAAUGUAUUUGUUCAAUGUAUUUAUCCCAUUAAAAGAUGAGAUUUUGCAAUAAAAAUAAACAGGAGGAGAAAAAAAGUAAAUUUAUAUAGCCUAUAUAUAGUAAAGGCUUUUCCUUAUUUAUGUAAACUAAAUGGGAUGCGGUGGACUUUUUUACUGAAAAAUUGCAAAGAAAAUCGAAAUGAUAGAAGUAAUGGGAAAAAUUCUUGUUGGACCAAGUGGACAAAGAAGAUAAUCUUUCAUCUUGUAGACCACGUUAAACGCCAUUAUAAUGGUGGCCAUGUUUGUUCACUGUGUAUCUCGCCCUAUCCAACUAUCCUAGAGCUGAAACGUUGCCAAACAACGUUAUGCCUUGUGGAAGGCAAGUAACAUUACAGUAGACCCAGCGAGCGUGCCUCUAGCCUGAUAAGGCGUUCAGUGACGCGGCUUGUGAGCGAUGUUGAAGUAAUCGUUUUGCCAUUAAAGAAAAACAGUAUUGAUCGCGAAAUAGAGAACUUGCUUGUGGCUUUCUAUUACUGUGGCUUUGGUUAGGUUAACUUUCCAGUUUUACAUUACACGGUUCCUAAUCAUUCAAAAAAUCUGCGCCAAUUAUUUAUCGCUCCCACCUUUAAAAAUUUGGCAAAGGAUCCGUUUUAUUUGUCCGUACACGCAACAAAAUAUCACGUUGCAGGUUAUUUUACUUCGCUUCUACUCUGUGUGAUUAUUCUUAACGAGAGACGAUAGCCGUAAAUGAGAGAGUACAGCUUAUCGAAAUCACUAAUGGGGAGCAAAAUACCAAAACACUUUCAACUAGCAAACUUUCAGAUAGAAAAUGUGUGCAAUUGAUGGAGUUAAAAUUCCCCCUAGACACGCUGUUAAGAAAUAAAACGAGCCUGUUAGCAAAAUCACAUACGAUACCUUCUGACUCUGCUCCAGUCUGGCCGUGGCGCUGGCUGUACAAGCUGACUGUAGACGGUGCCUAUCCAACGUGGUAGACUGACAUUCGGUCACAGUGGAGAGCGGAGGGCGUUUGUGCUUGCUAUGGCUGCUUCUUAUACCGCUCUAACUGCAACUGCAAAAAAUCUAUGGAUAAUACUUUCAUAUAUAAACACCUAUCAUCACGUACUAGGAGGAUUUACAAGUAACAAAGACUACACUGGACCUUAUUUUAUUACCGAACCUCCUUCCCGCGUUGUGUUUUUAAGUACUCAAGGUAUUACUAUAGCCUGUAGUGUAAAUGGUAAUCCUAAACCUCUUGUGAUCUGGAAGAAAAAAAGUGGAUCAACUGUUGAAAAUAUACCUGGUUUAUUACAUGUCCGUCCCGACGGUUCUCUCAAUUUUCCUCCUUUCCCCGAUGACCAUUAUAGAUCCGAUAUUCACUCUGGUACUUACAGAUGUGUCUCUAGUAAUAUAGUAGGAACUAUUGGAAGUCGAGAUGUCGAAGUCAAAGCAGUUACGCCACAGACUUACGACAUUGUCGUAUACGACAACCACGUUCCAUUAGGUAACACUGGUGUCCUCAAGUGUCACAUUCCUGCUUUGGGCAGCCACAUCCUAGAACAUGUUGGUUGGCUUACUGAUGAUGGAUUGACUCUAUUGACUCAAAAGGAGCGCGGUUACAUCAGAAAGAAGUACGAAGCGUUUAGAAGUGGAACACUCCAUGUGUUUAACGUUGAAAGAAAAGACGGUGAACGUAGAUAUCGUUGUCAAGUCGAAAACACUCUUACAGGAGAGAAAAUUCUCAGUUCAAACUGGGGAAGACUAAAGGUUUCAGGUGACUAG